AUGGACCAGGAGGCCCAGGAUGCCAAGCUGAUUGUACAUCUUUCAGAAGCAUUCAAUAAGGACGAGGUGUGGCAGCUGGCCGCCGCAGAAGCAUGGAGCAAGGCCACGAAUCUGGAACGUGUGCUAAUUCGCGGUAGCACAGAGGCCAAACAGCUGAAGUUUGUGGAUGUGCUUAUCCGUAAGACCUCGGCGGCUGGCCUCGGUGCAGGGAGCGCGGCUGGAGCCGGAGGUGCAUGGAUGCAGCUGGAAUUCGAGAAGCUUGCAAUGUUUCUUAACGAGAUUCAAGCAACUCUGACGAACCUCCAGCUAUUUGCCCCCAAGGUCACGAUCACUCUGUCAUCCUGCUCAUCGGCGCAACACAAGCAGAUAGAGGAGGCGUCCAGGUUCAGCUGGGGAAGUGCCAGUGAGGAUGAGCCUAAAACCAUCACGAGCACGGUGCAACAUCUACAGCAGAUCACCCCAGCAGGUAUGAGUACGCAUAUGCAGGACGCUCAGGCGCAUGCCGGAGGAGUGGUAGUGGGACGUCUCGUUCGCAUAUAUGGGUUUGCAUGGGACUCGUCAUUGUGUCAACCUCUGCCCAUCAGUUUGCAGCCUUCGGGAUCUGUGCCCGUCACUUUAUGA